AUUUUUCAGCUUCUACACUGAAAGGGGGUUCUUCUUCUUCCCUUUGGAAUCCAACCCAGCAACAAUGCUCUCUCGAUUCAUUUCUCGAUCUUCUUCUUCUCAUCUCCGUUUCCUAACCCUAAUUUCAUCAUCAUCGUCAAAUCCUAAUUCUCUCAUUUCCCCAUCACCCCCUUCUUCCUCUAAUCCCAUUUCUCAAGACCCUAAUCACUUGUUCUUUAAAUCAGCCCGAUAUUUCUCUAGUAAGGAUAAAAAAGACCCAAAUUCAGUCUCAAAUUUAUGGAGAUUAGGUACUGAUAAGGAUGAUGGAGACGGAGAUUCAGUAUUUGGAAAUGGAUUAGAAUCAUGGGGCAGAGAUUCUUCAGGAAUUGGAGGAGGUAUUGAUAAUAGUGAUUUAUACAGAUCAAAGAAGAAUAAGAAGAGUGGUGGUAGAGGUAGAACUAACAGUAAUGAAGAUUCUUCAUUUGCUUCAGGAAGUACUGAUUUCUUUGGAGAUAUUAUUGAUACUGAGUUUGAAUCAGAUGUAAAAACUAGUAGUAGAGAUAAUCCUGAUGGUGGUGGUGGUGGUGCUUCUAAAGCUUGGAAUUUUGUUGAGGAUGAAAAGGAUGUUUUUGAUUUGGGAGGUGAAGUAGAGAGGAGCCAAGAAGAACUGCAAUUACUACAUGGGGAUGGUGAAGAGAUGGAUGAGAAUGAGAAGGCGGCAGCUAAUGCGCUUCUUGAGAUUGAGAAGAAAAAUCUUCUUCAACAAUUGAAUGGCCCAGACCGUGCUUUUGGCGACCUAAUUGCUGCAUCAGGGAUAACAGAAGAGAUGAUAGAGAGCAUGAUUCUUCUGAAGGACUUAAAAGGGGUGGAGGGGUUGCAACCUUUAAGCGAGUUAAAAGAUAUGCCCAAGAAUGGGAAAAGUGACAGAAAAUCUACGAAUGCAGAAAUUGAGCGCAGAAAACAAGAGGAAGUUGCCAAAGCACGAGUGAGGCAGGUUGAUGACAAGGGAAGGGCUUAUGGUACAGGAAGAAGGAAGUGCAGUAUAGCACGUGUCUGGGUCCAACCUGGGGAUGGAAGGUUUAGUAUCAAUGACAAAGCAUUUGACGUUUAUUUUCCUAUUCUUGACCAUCGUGCUGCAAUCCUUAGACCAUUUUCUGAGACAAAGACCCUGGGCCUUUGGGAUGUCAAAUGUACUGUGCAAGGCGGUGGUCUCUCAGGUCAAGUUGGAGCGAUACAGUUGGGUAUUAGUAGAGCCUUGCAAAACUGGGAGCCUGGCCUACGUCCAUACCUCAAAACUGAGGGUUUUUUGAUGAGGGAUUCACGCGUGGUUGAAAGGAAGAAACCAGGGUUGGCAAAGGCAAGAAAGAGCUUCCAAUGGGUUAAGCGAUGAGGACACCUCCCAACAUAUAUUUUAUACCGGCAGUUUUGUAUGAAUCAUUUAGAUGUGGUUUAACUGCAAUAAAUAAAAAUGUCUUUGAUGCACUCUCCUCCGCAAUUCACUUUUCUUACCUGGUCUCGCUUUUCUUUGGUCUCUUAUGUAAUCUAACUAGUAAUUUAUGAACAGCCCUUAUUGCUGGUCAGUCGUGUAGAGCUGCGAUGUUAAAUAGAAUUAUUCAUCUCCGUGUUUGGAAGUUAUUUUUAGCUAUCAUUUGUUUUCAA